AUGACAAUUGGUCUCUUCAACAAUCCAGCUCCUUACCAUUUAUUUAUCUAUUCCCUCGCUUUCGGAACGAACAUUUUCCAUUCGUACAUCAACGCCCCAAUCCUAUUCAAGAACCUCAAACGUGAAGAUUUCAGCCAUGUCACCAAUUUAAUCCUUCCAAAGUACUUUCUUGCGGAAGCAAUUGUCCCGCUUGGUUUAUACUUGACAUCUCCGGUGCUUUAUGAUCCGCGUCUCAGAAAAUUCAGCAUUAUUCUUCUAGGGGCCUCAUCGGCAUUCCAAUUCCUCAACUAUUUCUGGUUAUUGCCAACAGUCCAAAAGUUGAAGACCAGUAAAUUGAAAUUGGAAGCCCAAUUAACAGCAGUGAUCGAGGAAAAUGGUGAUAACUCUGACGAGGUCAAAGAAUUGAAAGGUGAGUUACAGCAUAUGAGCAAGCAAUUCGGUAAAUACCAUGGCAUGAGCUUGUUGCUCAAUAUGGCCAAUACUAUCAGUUUGACAGGAUAUGGAUUUGUUUUGACCAAUGGCUUGUUGAGAUUUAUUCCAAAAUGA